AUGAACAGCGAGCGACAGCUCUACUUCUUGCAGUUCAAACGAGCGCAGAUCACGCAUCGAAGGAAAUCAUCGGGUGUUCUCAACGACGCCACGACGGUCAUCAUGAAUCAAGACAAUCGCGAUCGGCCCGCCAAUGAUCAGCAAUUGCAGCAGGAAAUCGCUUCUGAAUUGCGUUGGCAUUUGCGUCGCACCUUUGAUGGAAUGGAAAGUGAGGAUGAUGACAAUGAAUCCGAUGAGGACAACACUGAGGAUAUGGAUACAGAUAAUGAGGAUGGCGCUCAACGAAAUGAGGUUUUGGAAUCGGCGAUGAAUGAUGUGACGAUGAGAGAUGAUAAUUUUAAUAACGCUGAAACGGUGAACAGAAAUAUCACGGGUCUUUCGAUUGACUCAGGUCACGAUUCGGAAGGUUCCGAUCAACCCCCGCUUUCUCAUGCAGCAAACGACGAAGGACCAUCAAUCGCUCCAGCUGAUGAGGAUGAAAUCAUGCCUGACUAUGAGGAAUACUUGUUCGAUGACGACGCCUGGGAAUUGGAGUUUCAGCAGUUUAAUCAGAGAGCGAUGGCCUCUUCGUCGGGUGCAUUAUCAAACAGGGGUCAUGGUGUCGUUCAAGAGCUGGAUGAUGACUUCAUCUUCAACGAUGAGAUUGAUGACGGUGUCGUCCCGACUGUCAGAAGAAACAUUCGAGCAGUGCUGGCCGUUGGAAAUAUCGAGGCUGCCCUUGCUUUUGACUCCGAUUCCACACGCUACUCGCUUCCUGCCGCCUCACAGCAAUCACCGGCGCCGAUUUUGAAGCGAGGAAAUAAGAGGCGCAAUCAGAGCUCUGAGCGUCAGGUCAAACGCGUACGCUUCGAUGCGGUGGUUCGCGAAUGCGUCUCGGAUGGUGAGACGCGUUACGACAAUGAGGAGCCCAGGGACAAUAAUGAGGACGAUGAUAUUAAUAAUGACUAA